ACAAAAAAAUUCGUGGAGAAGCAAAGCAUAAUCAACCUUUAUAAACAAUACAAUAUACUACAUGAUGGUAAAAUAGCCAUGAAGUUAGUUUGAUAAGAAAGAAAAUUACAAUGUAUACAACCGAACAUAAUAAAAUGGAGGAACUAACCUUUCGAUUCAGGCGAAGUGACGACUGCCCGUUCAUAGCAAAGCAAGCUAAAAUACACAGGUCGCACAAAAACAUUGAUUGAACACGGUUCGAAACACAUUUUUUCACUUGCAUUGUACUUUUUCGUACCUUUGCGAGGGUUUUUCGCAUGAAUUUCGAUGUAGUAAGCUCUAUAAAACGUAAAAAAGGGCUGCCCUUCUGUAUGCAAUGUUUAAAAUCACCGCGGACUGUGCAAAGUUGUCACACUGCCACACGAUGGUCAAUAGGCAAUUGUGACGUCAUAAGAAAUUAUGAGUGUUGAUUGGCUAGAGACUGUUCGCGCAGAAACAUCACCACCGCGCGAGUCAGGUAACACAGGAGCCCCAAAUAAGAAGCUCUCUCCUACAACACUGCCGCCUUGCGUGACAGUCAUGGUUCGGUCAUAUGAUGUGAACAGUUUCGAGUCGCUAAACAUGGUGAAAAUCCCCAAGACCACAGAUGGACACUCCGAGUCAGAUAGUGAAGAAACCAAAUACUUGAUUAACACUAGUACUUCAAGUAUCACACCAGUGUCUGCAGACAAGCUACUAUGUAAAGUGUACAAACGCCGAUGGUACAUUCUCUUCAUUUACAGUUUCCAGGUCACUUUGCAAAAUGCAGUAUGGAAUUUUUGGGGACCUAUACAAGAGUCCUGUAAAAUUGUGUUUGGAUGGGAGAAAUUUGAUGUUCUGUUGAUUUCCGUGUGGGGUCCUGCAUCAGCUGUGAUUGCAUUGGUUCCUGGGACCUGGGUUCUGGCUAGGAAAGGUCUGAGGCCAACUAUUCUCUUAACAUCUUUCUUCAUAUGCAUUGGGAAAGCAUUACAGAUAGUUCCAUUUACUGAUCAAGAUGUCCGCACAGCUGUUGUUAAUAUUGGCCAGAUGAUAGCAAUGACAUCAAGCUUUAUGACAGUAUGUGUUCCCGCUGUACUGUCUGCAGUAUGGUUCCCACCUCAUGAGCGGGCCACCGCAACCACACUAGCCAUGGUUGCAGGAUAUAUUGGGUCAGCUGCUUCGUUUGCAGUCGGACCUCAGAUUGUCCCUGACCCGGAGAGCUUUGCUACAAAUUUCACCAACCACAUAUCAGCAAUAAAUGUCACUGAUGCUGAUAAACAGUUGAUGGCUACUAGAAUAGCAAAGUACAUGUAUGGAGAAUUGGGACUGCUGAUCUUUGUUACAUUUUGUCUUAUUCUAUAUUUUCCCUCUAAACCUCCCCUCCCCCCAAGCUUAUCAACUCGCUCUCGCAAAAAGACUGGCCUCAAAAGUGAGGUUUCUGAGAUUUCUAGAGACGUGUGGUUCUGGCUGCUUACCUUUGUGUUCUCCGUGAGCUAUGGGAGCUAUUAUGGAUGGAUAUCAGUGCUAGAUGUUGCUGUUGCUCCAUUUGAAAUCUCUGAGGACACAGCUGGGUGGUUGGGAUGUCUAGGGAGUCUUGCUGGUGUUUUAUCUGCAAUUCUAGCAGCAAGAUGCGCCGAUUUGACCCGGAGAUACACCAAGCUCAUCCUGAUCAUUCUUUUCACUGGCUCCACCCUGUGCCUUCUAUUCUUCACCAUCACCUGCGAGAGGUACAUCCCAUACUCAGAGCCUCUACUUUAUGUAUACAUUAUUGGCAGUGGACUCUUCUUUACUGGGACCACGCCUUUGUUUUUCGAGCUGAUCAUUGAAUAUGUGUAUCCAGUAUCGGACUCACUGGCAACUGGCAACUUACUUUUAUGGUCAAGCGUGCUAGGUGUGGUAUUCUGUGUGGUGUUUAUGUUCCCGAGUGUGGAUGUGACAUGGAUGAACUGGGUAAAUAUGGCUGGAUGCUCAGUCUGUGUUCCUGUCUUGAUCCUUCUCAAGGAAAAGUACACUCGCUUGGAUUUGGACCUUGGACCUCAUAUCCAAUAGUUAAAUCAACCGGUAUGAGAAAACACUGAUGGAUUAGAAUCUUAGUGUAUUGUAAUCUUAGUGUAAUUUUAGCUUUAUGAUUUCGUCAACAUCGCUCCAAAUGCAUUGGAAAAGCUUUAUUUUUUUCUCCGGAUUUUAAGUCUCGGGAUGCGCGUUGGUUAGUAAGGAACAAAACAUAUCAUGAAA